AACAACAAUCACCUCUGUGACAAUUUUAUUGAUAAUCUAUUUCUUCUUAACUCUACACUGCACUAUGCAACCAGUAAUACAUGCUGUCUCGCGCCUCUUCUCUCUCCACCUUCCUUCUCAUUCGCGACAAUCAGCAAGAAGCGAAAGGGCUUGCUAUGGUGUUUUGAGAUUUGUCAUGGAGAGUGGCGCGAAGGGAUGUGAGGUCAUAGUCAGUGGAAAGUUGAGAGCCCAGAGAGCUAAAUCCAUGAAGUUCAAGGAUGGAUACAUGAUUUCUUCUGGGCAGCCAGUCAAGGAUUACAUUGACUCUGCAGUGAGACAUGUGCUACUUAGACAGGGUGUACUUGGUAUCAAGGUGAAGAUAAUGCUUGAUUGGGAUCCUAAAGGGAAACAGGGUCCUAAAACUCCCCUCCCUGAUAUUGUCACAAUCCACACUCCUAAAGAGGAGGAUGAAUACAUCCAACCUGCUGCUGCUUUGGCAGAGGAUGUUGAGGUCCCAGUUGCAGUUGCUUAAAAGGUUUUUAUUUCUCCGGAGUAGUAAUUCACUGUAGCCGAGUGUCUGGUUUUUGUUUAUGCUAUGUUUCAAAACCUCAUCAAAAUUUUGUAGUUUCUCAACUGUUGUAAAAGUUGUUAUACUUGGGGUUGGUUACAAGGAUUGCAUUGAUUGUUUUUUUUAUUACCUUAAGCAGUUAGAAUUUUCAGUGCGU